AUGCUGCUGUCUCUGGUCGUGCACACUUACUCGUUGCGGUACUGGCUUCCAGCGGCAGUGAUGCUGGGCACCGCUCCUGCUUAUCUGCUGUCCUGGAGCGUCUGGAGGCUGCUGUCUAAUGUGCUGCCGUCCAGACUCUAUCACACUGUGGAUGACCGUGCAUAUUCAGUGUAUCAGAGUAUGGUCCUCUUCUUCUUUGAGAACUAUACGGGAGUGGAGAUUGUAAUUUAUGGGGACAUGCCAAAGAAGAAGGAGAAUGUGGUUUACAUGUCAAACCAUCAAUCAACAACUGAUUGGAUUAUUGCUGACAUGUUAGCCAUCCGACAAAAUGCACUUGGACACGUAAGAUAUGUCCUGAAAGAUGGUCUGAAGUGGCUUCCUUUGUAUGGAUGGUAUUUCUCACAGCAUGGAGGUGUGUAUGUGAAGAGAAGUGCCAACUUUGAUGAGAAAGCCAUGAAAAAGAAAUUAUCAUUUCAGACCAAACUGGGCACACCUAUGUAUCUUGUCAUCUUUCCAGAGGGAACACGCUACAACCCUGAGCUCCAGAGAAUUAUUAAUGACAGUCAGGCUUUUGCUGCUAAAGAAGGACUUGCUGUGCUGAAGCAUGUUUUAACACCAAGAAUGAAAGCAUCACAUGUUGCCAUUGAGACUAUGAAGGAACACCUGGAUGCUGUCUAUGAUGUAACUGUUGCAUAUGAGGGAACACUCACAGAAGAUGGCCAGAGACGUCCUGCUCCUACAAUGCCAGAGUUCCUGUGCCAGGAAUGCCCCAGAGUUCACAUCCACUUCAACCGCGUGGGCAUGAGGGAAAUUCCUGCAGAGCCAGUGUUCUUCCGCAGAUGGCUGCAUGAAAGAUUUGAAAUCAAGGACAAGCUUCUAACUACUUUCUAUGAUCCUGAAGAUCCUGAGAAAAAGUGCAGGUUCCCUGGAGAAUGCCAAAAGUCACAACUUAGUCUUACAAAGACAUUGCCUUCUCUGCUGAUUUUGGGUGGCCUCACUUUGCCAAUGCUGUUAACAGAGUCAGGAAGAAAACUCUAUCUCAAUACCUGGCUCUAUGGUACUCUGAUUGGAUGGGUGUGGGUAAGUGUAAGUCCAUAAACUAGCCAAACUGGGGUGGGGGGGGGCAUCCAUAUCAACACUUUGGUUUCAUCAUUUAAUUCAUUUAUCACCAUAGUUUAUUUUUGGCUCAUAGUAUACAUCGAAGAGGAUUAUUUAAUUUUUUCAUUUGUUUUAUUUUAUACUCUUAACUGGCAGAAAGAUAAAACAGUAACACUGUGUCUGCACUGCAAACAAGUAUGAGAUGCAAAAAAACUAAAAUGUCCCAGUUGUCAGCAUAAUAUGCUUACAGCACUGUAGACGGAUGUGAAGAUUUAUAAUAGGAAUGUUUCAGUAUUGUUGCAUGUCAUCAUUGAGUUGUGAUUUUGACCCAAUGUUAGUGUUUCUAUACGAUCUGAGCUCAAUUGUAAUCUGAAAUGCAAAAAUGGAUAACAAUAUGGAACACAGAGACGAUGUUUGUGUUUGGUAUUAAUGUUGAGUAUACCCAUGGCAGUCUUGAAACAUUUUUCAUUUAACCAUAUGAUUGGCCUUGUUGGAACCAUGUGUUUUUAAUUUACAGUAUGCAAGUUUUUUUUUUUUUUUUUUUUUUUUUUUUUUUUUUGUGUAGUUCUGAAUAUUGUUAAUGAUUUCUAAAAUCAGUUGUGUUUACAGGGCCUGUAUUUCAUUAUCCUGAUGGGUUUUCUUUUAGAAUAUUUGGAGUAUUUUAUUAUUUUAUGCUGAUUUUCAUUAUGUAAUUCAAGUAUUUUUUUUGUUAUGCGCAUUGGGUUUUGUUUGUAUGGGUUUUGAUUUGUAUUAUUUUUUUAUUAUUAUUUGAUGCCAAGAUCUAAAAAGCCUGUCAGAUAUGGGCUUUUUAUUAUCAGUGUUUGCACUGUUGCUAAAUAUUUCACAGAUAGUUGCUUAAAUUACUUGUUGCAGGAGUAUUAAAGAUUGUUCAAUCAAAAAUAUAUUGAUUUUUUUUUUCAACUCUGUUAUUCAAAGCAUAUAUGACAGGGAUAGGCAACUCCUGGAGGGCCACUAUACUGCAGAGUUUAGCUUCAGCCCUUAUAAAAACUCACCUGCAUGUAUCUAUCUAGUAGUCCCGAAAACACUGAUUGCCUUGUCUAGGUGUGUUUAAUUAGGGUUGGAAUUAAACUCUGCAGGACAGUGGUCCUCCAGGACUGAAGUUGUCUAUCCCUGAUAUAUGACUUUAUUUCUUUGACACAACCCAUUUUCCAUGUGUUUUUAGGGCUUCCUCUAGAGCAAUAAUUUGGUCAACAUGAGAAAUCUGAGACGUUUGUGGUGGAUCCUUAGUUCCCUGGUUGUUUUUAAAUGUACAAAUGUCCUCAAUUUGCUCAUGCCAUAAACUGUCUUCUAAAAUAUUGUUUUUAUUGGUAGUGUAUAUAUAUAUAUAUUGCUAUAACUUCAACAGGAAGCUCUACUUAAGCUUCUGGGUCACUUUAGAUAGAAAGGUCAGUGGGAGCUCCCACAUUAAAAAUAUUUGUUGACACAGUU